GCGGAAUUAUUGUUGAAACCUCAGAUGGCGACAGACCACACUAUUCCUCCGCCCUCUUCACAACUUCUUCCGCUUGUCUGAUAUUAUAAUAAUAUAUAUUCCUCGAUAUCUCCCCGCCCCACCUUUGUGGACUCGUGUCUUCUUUUUAUAACUCACGACUCCUUUAAUCAUACAACUUUCAUUGCAAACAAAUCAAACCCUCAUUAUGGCUUCAAAAAGGGUGUUAAAGUAUCUAAGGAGCUAUAAUUCAACACACCCACAAAAAAGUUGUGAUCAUUUUGUGUUAUCAAGAUACAAUUUGUGAUUAUUGGUCAUCAAUGGAGGAAGGUAAAGACCCAACUGUAAGCAAACCAAACCAGUCUAAGGUUUUACCACCAAGACUGAUUCAACUGCUGUUCUUGUUUCUGGUGUUAUGUUUUUCAAUCUGCUUAUUUGUUAUAUACAUGAUUCGGAAAACCGAAGUUACAACCACAUUAGUUUCAUCGAUUCCGGUUUUACAACCAUGUGUUCAAGAACAACAAAAGACAAAUCUUGAUCAUUGGAUCAAGCCUCCUUCCAGUUUGUUGCAUGCAAUGAGUGAUGAAGAACUCUUUUGGAGGGCUUCUUUUGUGCCACAAUUGAAGAGUUAUCCAUUUGUAAGAAUCCCAAAGAUUGCUUUUAUGUUCUUGACUAAAGGGCCAUUGCCAUUGGCUCCUUUGUGGGAGAGGUUCUUUAAGGGUCAUGAGGGGUUAUAUUCAGUUUACAUUCAUUCACUUCCUUCAUAUGAAGCUAAAUUUCCGCACGAAUCUGUUUUUUACGGGAGACAAAUUCCGAGUCAGGUAGCACAAUGGGGUCGAAUGAGUAUGUGUGACGCAGAGAGACGACUGCUUGCAAAUGCCCUUCUUGAUCUCUCCAAUGAAUACUUUGUUCUUGUAUCCGAAUCAUGCAUUCCACUCUACAACUUCACUUUAACCUAUCAUUACAUUACCAACUCCAAACACAGCUUCAUGGGGGCCUUUGAUGACCCAGGGCCCGUCGGUAGAGGACGCUACAACCACAACAUGUUGCCACAAGUCAACAUCUCACAAUGGAGGAAAGGAUCCCAAUGGUUUGAAGUUCACCGGAAUCUCGCAUCGGUCAUCGUCUCCGAUACAACUUAUUAUCCCAAAUUCGAAGCGUUUUGCAGGCCAGCUUGUUACGUGGACGAACAUUAUUUCCCAACCCUGUUGACAAUUCAAGCUCCUGAUUUUAUAGCAAACCGGAGCUUGACUUGGGUCGACUGGUCUAGAGGUGGUCCCCACCCUGCUACGUUUGGGAGGUCCGAUAUAACGGAGGAGUUCAUGAAGAAACUUCACAUGCAAAAGUGUGUUUAUAACGGAGAACCUUCUUCGAUCUGUUAUUUGUUCGCGAGGAAAUUUUCUCCGGGGAGUUUGGAACCUUUGUCUCUUGUUGCUCACAAAUUUUUGGGUUAUUGAGAUUAUCAUAAUGUUGCAAGUCAAACUAUAAGAAAGUCAGAUGUAUUUUUCGGUUUAGAACUAAUUUUAAGCAUAGAGGUUUGAAAAUAACAUAAACAGUUGUACGUAUUUUUUUAACUGUGAUACAUAGUGCACUUGAUAUCUAAUAUACAAACGCGGGUAUAUGAUUUGCAUAUAUCAUUGAUUAUA